CCUCUGACGUCACUGAUGAAUAGCCCGGAUAUCAAAUCAGCUGACAAUGGGAAUGACUCGUUUAGCCGUCGUCCUAGCAGUUGGUGCUGCAUUGUUAUGUGCCCUCCUUGCCGCUGUGUACCCUAGUGUCUACCCCAAAUUGCAUAAAAAGGAAGGUGAGACGGUAGUUGUAACGCAGACGUCUUUGCAGCAUUUCAGGAAACUUGACAGACUCACAGACAGGGCUCGCUUCAGACAAGUCUUUUUGCCUGGCAUUUUGAAGCCUCGAGUGUCUGGUACAUCUGGUAACUUUGAAGUAAGAGAGUUUCUUAAAUCUCAACUAAGUGUUUUGAACGACUGGACGGUGGAACAGGACACGUUUAAUGAUUCGACUCCUCUUGGUAUUAGAAACUUUGCUAAUAUUGUGGCAACUUUAGAUCCAAAUGCCACCAAGAGGGUAGUAUUGGCUGCUCACUACGAUUCAAAGCAUAUGCUGAAUCCAAACGAUGAAUUUGUGGGCGCUACUGAUUCUGCUGUUCCAUGUGCAAUGCUUCUGGAUAUUGCGUACUCUCUACAAACACUGUUUCGGCAGAGACAAACGAAUUUGGACACAACUCUUCAACUAAUUUUUUUCGAUGGAGAAGAAGCGUUUGUUUCAUGGACUGAUGAUGACUCUCUCUAUGGAGCAAGGCACUUGGCUGCUCGAUGGGAGACCACAGCCCAUCCUGUUGCUACCAAUCUCACUCUGCUCACAGCCAUUGAUGUCUUUAUUCUGCUGGACCUGGUUGGUGCACCAAAUCCAACUUUUUACAAUCAGUAUUCUAACACAUCAAAAGUGUUUGAUAGGCUCAGAGUACUGGAGCAACGUCUUGCAAAGAAAAAGCUACUACGUGAUCAUCAAUACACCAAGCAUCCCUAUUUUAAAUCUGGUUUGCUUUCUAGACCUCUAGGCAUUGCUGAUGAUCAUCUUCCUUUCAUUCGCAGAGGUCAGUGGGAUGUGGUUGGUAGUAAUAAACAUAAUAUUAUAGAUUACUACAAUUACAUAGUACUGGGUAGACGCUUCAGUGGCAGACAUAGAUAGUACAGUUGGAGGUUGGGGUUCAUGUUUGCAGGUCUGAAAUUUAACAAUGAUGCCAUUAAUGAUGUUACUAUUCAGGUGAUAUAAUAAUACACCAUCUCAUGUGUAGACUGGUUUUAAGCAAAUUACAAGAUUACAAAAUUAUGAGACAAAUCUUGCAGGGGACUUCUGCAAAUGCAUUUCAGAAACAACAUGGACCAAACUGUGUCUAUGUUCUUGAUACCUACUGUCAGAUACAUGUCUAUUAAGUAAAUUAUGCAUGGCUUUGUCUAGUAAUUACAGAGCCCUAUGCCCAGUAAUGUGAUCCCCGCUGUUCUUCAAUGACCUCUCAAAGACAACUCACAAUAUUUGAGGUAUCAUCUAAUCACUUAAAAAUUAAUUCAAGCCUCAUUAAUUUAAUUAGUAUAGCAUAAGGCUUAUUACAUGAUGCAGGGUUGCCACACAAUUUUUGCCAAAAAUUCGUGGGCAAAUGUCACUAAUGGCAACAUGCCCAUUGGGUCUUGUUGAGGCCCACUACUGUUCACAAUUUCUGUUGACAAAUCAGCCUUUGCAAGCUAUGUUGUUUAAGGAGCAUUCAAUACUGUACCGUUUAUCUAAUCUGUGUAACACAAAUCACUUGCAUCAUGCUUGCUACAAUUUAUGCGUGUAUGGUACUUGCUACAAGUGUGGGAUCUUUCAUUUUCGAGUUGAAUUGCUGGAUUUCUCCAUUGCUCAACACCUUAUGAUCCUCCAUGGAAGAGAAGCUACUAAUGUUUUAGGUUUGGUUUUAGCAUCAUGAGGUCCAGAAGCAUACAAACGACCACCGGAACGUCGUGAAUGGGAUGCUUGAUCACAAAACUAUGGUCUCAGGACACAAAGAAGAAGAACACUUUGUACAAAGCUUGAAGACUCUGCACUUGUAAGAUAGCCACGACAUAGUCGACAAUCUACUUAUUUGUGGCCCACCUGUAUUUUUCGUGUGGCAACUCUGAUGAUGUCAUCUAUGCCUGGGGGGGAUCACAUGCGAUCUGUGAACAAUGUUAUGUGCGCGCCUGUGCUUAUAACAUUGUGUGUGCUUAUAAUAUUGUGUAUGAACUUGGAGUGCUGAAGUUGAUGGAGUAGUAAGCAGAUUGUUGAGUGAAUGUUUUCUGAACAAA